CCGCACACACACACAGCGCUUCCUGUGCUCUCACCGCUUGCUGGGCCAAAGAGGAACCGUGGAGCCGUUCUUGCAAAGGAAAAUGGAAAUGUCAACUCCGCCAACGUCUAAGUGCAUUAUUUACUGGAAAAGGAAAGUCAAGUCUGAAUAUAUGCGUCUUCGGCAACUCAAGAGGUUUCAGGCAAACAUGGGAGCCAAGGCUCUGUUUGUGGCCAAUUUUGCAAAGGUUCAAGAAAAAACUCAAAUUCUGAAUGAAGACUGGAAGAAGCUUCGAGUUCAGCCAGUCCCGUUAAUGAAGCCUGGCACUGGGCACCCUUUCCUGAAACAGUGUACCGUCGAGAGCAAUUUCCCUGGAUUCCCAAACCAGACCAUCUUCAUGAGGUCCCUAAACACAGUAGCGUUGGUGCCUAUUAUGUAUUCCUGGUCCCCUCUUCAGCAGAAUUUCAUGGUGGAGGAUGAGACUGUGCUGUGUAAUAUCCCCUACAUGGGAGAUGAGGUGAAGGAGGAAGAUGAAACCUUCAUUGAAGAGCUAAUUAAUAACUACGACGGGAAAGUUCACGGCGAGGAAGAGAUGAUAACAGGGUCCGUCCUUAUCAGCGACGCAGUGUUCCUUGAGCUUGUUGAGGCUCUGAAUCAGUACUCGGAUGAGGAAGAGGAAGGGCUCAAUGACUCUGAGGGUAAACAGGAGGAUGGGAAGGAGGAGCUGCCAGUCACAAGAAAAAGAAAGCGAACCACAAUGGAAGGUAACAAAAAGUGUCCAAAGAAGCAGUUCCCAAAUGACAUGAUCUUCAGUGCUAUUUCUUCAAUGUUUCCUGAGAACGGCUUCCCGGAAGACAUGAAAGAGCGGUACAGGGAACUUACUGAACAGUCUGAUCCGAACGUGCUGCCCCCCCAGUGCACUCCAAACAUUGAUGGGCCAUGUGCAAAGUCAGUCCAGCGGGAGCAGUCCCUGCAUUCCUUCCAUACGCUCUUCUGCAGGCGGUGCUUCAAAUAUGACUGUUUUCUGCAUCCUUUCCAUGCGACUCCUAAUGUCUAUAAACGGAAGAACAGAGAGAUCAAAAUCGAGCCAGAUCCCUGCGGGACAGACUGUUUCCUCUGGCUGGAGGGAGCCAAGGAGUUUGCGGUGCUGCACAAUCCCAGGUCCAAAUGCUCAGGUCGGCGGCGCCGUAGGCACCAUGUGGUCAGUGCUUCCAGCUCCAACCCCUCGUCCUCCUCCGUCGCUGAGACGAGGGAGGGAGACAGCGACAGAGACACGGGCAACGACUGGGCCUCGAGUUCCUCAGAGGCCAACUCCCGAAGCCAGACCCCCACCAAGCAGAAGGGCAGCCCUGCCUCCUCCCAGCUCUUUGUGAUGGAAGCACCGCAGGAGCCCGUCGAGUGGACGGGGGCCGAGGAGUCGCUUUUCCGCGUGCUCCACGGCACCUACUUCAACAACUUCUGCUCGAUAGCCAGGCUACUGGGAACGAAAACCUGCAAGCAGGUCUUCCAGUUUGCGGUGAAAGAAUCCCUUGUAAUGAAACUGCCGACCAGCGAGCUCAUGAAUCCGUCCCAGAAGAAAAAAAGGAAGCACAGGCUGUGGGCUGCGCACUGCAGGAAGAUCCAGCUGAAGAAAGAUAAUUCACCUACCCAGGUGUACAACUACCAGCCCUGCGACCACCCCGACCACCCUUGCGACAGCUCCUGCCCCUGCAUCAUGACUCAGAAUUUCUGUGAAAAGUUCUGCCAGUGCAAUCCUGACUGUCAGAACCGCUUCCCGGGCUGCCGCUGUAAGACCCAGUGCAACACCAAGCAGUGUCCAUGCUACCUGGCCGUGCGCGAGUGCGACCCUGACCUGUGCCUGACCUGCGGGGCGUCGGAGCACUGGGAUUGCAAGGUGGUCUCCUGUAAGAACUGCAGCAUCCAGCGGGGCCUCAAAAAGCAUUUGCUGCUGGCUCCAUCAGAUGUCGCUGGCUGGGGGACAUUCAUCAAGGAAUCUGUGCAGAAGAAUGAAUUUAUCUCUGAAUAUUGUGGUGAGCUUAUUUCUCAGGACGAGGCCGACCGGCGGGGGAAGGUCUAUGACAAGUACAUGUCCAGCUUUCUCUUCAACCUCAACAACGAUUUCGUUGUUGAUGCCACCCGCAAAGGAAACAAAAUCCGCUUUGCCAACCACUCUGUGAACCCCAACUGCUACGCCAAAGUGGUGAUGGUGAACGGAGACCACCGGAUAGGAAUCUUUGCCAAGAGGGCCAUCCAGGCUGGGGAGGAGCUCUUCUUUGAUUACAGGUACAGCCAGGCUGAUGCCCUGAAGUACGUGGGCAUAGAAAGGGAGACGGAUAUCAUCUAGCCCCCUGCGGGCACGGCCCCUGCUGGCUGCCCUGAUGCCGUGUUCAUUCCAUGCUUCUCCACUGCUGCCCUGUUCCCGUUGCUGUGUGUCCCGAGUGCUUCGUUCCAGCCAGACGCCUGGGAGCAAAGCCCAGGGCAGGAGCAGGAGUCAGAUGCUGCCUGGGGUAGCAGGAACCUGGCUCGGUUCCGGGGCAGGUGGGCACUGGCGCUCCUGGGCUGGGAGGGCUCCAGAGACUGGAAGGAAGCGGCAUGGCCGAGAAAUGCUCAGUCUGUUUCUAAACCUGCCUGAGCGACCAGCUGCAUCUGGAGCCAAGGGACCAUG